GUACAGAAACCGUUCCAGUGCCCGUCGUGUGACGGAGCUUUCCACAGAGUGCGAGAUCUAAACCGCCAUGUGAAAGUCCAUCUUGGCUACAAGUAUAGAUGUCCGGGGUGUUCCCACGACUUCAGUCGUGCGGACAAGUUAAAGACACACAUCCGC